CAAGCGUUCAACUCCCACGAACAGGCCGAUCUCGUAGGCUGCGCUGCCGCUAUUUCGCGAGGAACCCAAGCCAAGCGGGCGGCGCCGCCCGAUCUCGCAGGUCGCCCUGCCGUUGCCCCAUCAACGCCGAUCUCGCCGUCCCCGUCCCCCUCAACACCGGCUCUGUCCAUCCCCAUCCUCCGUCCUGCAUCACCUCCCGUUCCUGUCCCCUGCGUCGCCGGCCAGGCCCCAACGGCGAACGGCGUGUACAGGAGUCGCGCCGCUCCGCAAGGAGACCAGGACGCACCGGCCGUCCGCACCGGCGCCCUCACUUGCGACGAAACCGGCAGCGAUGGACGACAACUUGACCUGGGUGCCUGAGAGGAUGGACAGUAGUUCAACUACUAUAAUUGAUGUUCGGGUGUGUGCGUAUGCUGAAUUUGGUGAUAAUGGGACACAAGUUUGGCAUCCAACUAGGGACGAACUGAAAGUUGUAGACAGAGAUUGUGUCAAUUUCAAAGAUUUCAGUGAAGAACUUGACGAAGAAAUAAAACAUGGACUGAAUCAGAAGUUGUUAAUCACUUUCUGGGAUAAAGUUAGUCGUUCUUUUGCAGAAAUCAACCAUGAUACUUUGUUAUUGACUGCAAUAGAUAUGUAUUGGGAUGAAAGGAAGUUGCCUAUAAUGGUCUCUGUUGUUUGCAAAGGGGAUAACAGUACAUCUGCUUGUGUUCCACAACUGACAACACCUCUAAAUCCAACUGAUAAGCCGCAGCAACAACAACAACCUGCUGACAAUGAACAUGAAUCCGCCCACAGUGAGCAUGAGUCUUCUAGCAGCGAGGAACCACCGGUUCUUGAUGAUUGGGUUGACGCAGAAGUUGAGUAUGUUGGCGUAGAUGAUGAGUUUGAAUACAAAGAUUUGCUAAGUGACUCCGAUGACUCUAACUUAGAUGGUGGGUAUGAUUCUGAUGCUUCAGUUCAGGAUGAGCUUGCUGUGGAUGACACAGUUGGGUGUGAGACCAUUGUCCAUGUGACAGAUUUUGAAAAUCCCAAAAUUGAAGUUGGUGUUACAUUUGAAGAUGGUAAAUCCUUUAAGAAGGCUAUUAGGCAAUAUGCAGUAAAGGGCGAAUAUGAAAUCACAGCUCCAUACUCUGAGGCAACAAGGUACAGGGGCUAUUGCAAAGCUAAGAGAUGCAAGUGGAGGAUACAUGCAAGCCAACUUCAAGAUGGGAGGACUUGGCAGACAAAGAAGAUGCCAAGGAAACACAACUGUGGAAGCACAGGGACAGUGGAGAAGAACUGCAUGGCAAAUAAUCAUUGGGUAUGUGAAAGGGUCAUGGAAUGGCUCUCAAAGGAUGCUAGCAUCGGGCCUACGGAGCUACGGAAGAAAUUAGAAGAGAAGUACAAAAUCAAGAUAUCAAAGUGGGUUGUCUGGGAUGGAAAAGAAAUGGUUCUAAAGAAGCUCCAAGGUGAUUGGGAUGCUAGCUUUGAGGAUGCUUUUAGCUUCAAAGCUGAGUUGGAGAGGACAAAUCCGGGAAGCAUAGUGGACAUUGAGUUCGAGAAGGAUGGAGAGGGAAAACAUAUGUUCACUAGGAUGUUUGUUUCCCUGCGUGCAUGUGUCGAUGGGUUUAUGUAUGGUUGCAGACCAUAUCUAGGCGUGGACUCAACUGCACUAACUGGCAAGUGGAGAGGACAACUUGCAUCUGCCAUUGCUAUUGAUGGAAAUCACUGGAUGUUUCCAGUAGCUUAUGGUGUGUUCGGCUCAGAGACGUCUGAUAACUGGGCAUGGUUCUUUGACAGGUUGCACAUGGCUAUUGGGUCACCCCCUGGAUUAGUUAUAUCCACAGAUGCAGGUAAAGGUAUAGACGCUGUUGUUACCCAAGUUUUCACAAAUGGGGUGGAGCAUAGAGAGUGCAUGAGGCACUUAGUGAAGAACUUCAUGAAAAAAUUCCGUGGUGAUGUCUUCCUCAAGCACUUGUGGCCAGCUUGUAGAGCUUAUAGAAUUCUUCGGUUUGAACAACACUACUAUCCUAUGCUUGAAGCAUGUCCUGAAGCCAUGCAGUGGUUGGAUGACAAUCACAAGCACCUGUGGAAAAGGUACCAAUUCUCCGAAACCAGCAAAGUAGAUUAUGUGACCAAUAAUAUUGUUGAAUCCUUCAAUAGUUGGAUUAGAGAAGAAAAGUCUCUUCCAGUCAUUCCUCUUCUCGAUAGAAUAAGGCAGAUGAUAAUGGAGAAAAUGGACUUGAGAAGGAGAAUUUCCUAUAAACUGCGUGGAAAAAUUCUUCCUCGUGUUGUCAAGGAUGUAAAUGCUAAGAGCCGAGGAUUGCCAUAUGUCCACAGUUUUUAUAACAAAGAUCAAAACAACACUGCACUUUUAGCUGAGGUUCAAGGUGUUGAUAAGGACCUGCAACCUUGGAGGCACGCAUUGGAUCUCACAAAUAGAACAUGCACUUGUAGGCAGUGGCAAGUUACUGGUUUGCCUUGCUAUCAUGCUGUACAUGUUAUCACUAGCAUGAGAAAUCCCAAGAUGGAAGAUUACAUUGACGACUACUACUCAGUUCACAAGUUCAAAAAAGCUUAUGAAAAUUGGGUAGGGCCAAUGACAGAUAAGAGCCAAUGGCCAAAGGUGGACCUUGGAUUUAAACUUUGGCCCCUUGUUCUGAAACGUGCAGCUGGGAGGCCAAGAAGAUACAAAGAUGGGAAGAAGGAGGAACGACACGUAGAACCGUCACAUGUAAACGUUGUCAUCAAAAGGGCCACAUGAAGAAAACUUGCAAUGAGACAGUCCUUGAUCCUAAUGCACCUCCACCAGCACCACCAAAACCAAAGAGAGUAAGAAACAAGAUCAAGAAGAAGGCAACUGAAGUUCAAACACAAGCUGAACAUAUUGAAGCACGAGCUCUGGUUAUCUGCACUACACCCUCAAAGGCCUCCACUCCAGCCAUGCAUAAUAGUAUCCCAAUGACAAGAAGCCGUAAGCGGCAAUUAGAUCUUGAUUCAGCAGCUAUUCAUGGAAUGUGCACACCAACAAAACAGGUUGCUUCUACUAUUGAUGAAAACAGCCCAAUGACAAGAAGCCGCAAGAAACAAUUGGGGUUGGAUGCUACUAUGCAUAAGGCGUCAAAAGUUGUCGCUAAUCCUAAAGCCAUGAAGAAAACAACUCGCAAGUUGGAUGUCAGGAAGGCCAAAAAGUAGUGUUCGGUUUUUCCAUGUACAGGAUGUGUGCUAGUGCUAGCUAGGUGAAACCGUAUUUCUUCAUAACAUGUUAUUUUGUGGGCUGUUAUGUUGGCCUCUAGUUGGUUAAAUCGUAUUGUAUGCCUACAGCAAAGUAAAUGUUGUCCAGAUUUGUUUACUCCUGGUACUCAAAAGUUUGGUUUAAGUUGAGAGUAAAUGUUGUCCAAA